AUGGGCAACUCCUGCAGCUCCGGUCAAGCCCACAAAGACAAGGAUAGCAUUUCGCAGCACUCGGAAGACUUUCCUCCCGCAGCUUCGCCCGCGUUGAGUUCGGUUAUAUCGCUUUCCAAGAAAACCUUUCAAAAGUCUGGGAUAAAUGCUAUCCUAUGUUCUUUCUCAAGGUCAACUCCACCUCUGUCCCAAAUUUCAUUAAAAUCAGUUCAGUGGUUUAGGCGUGAGAGCAUAACAGACAAACAGAGAGAACCUAACUGCUGCGCGCGCAGGUCUCCUUCGUACCGGGUCACCAAGCCUUCCCUGGAUGUGGAAGCCCCUCAAGAGAUCUUGGAGCCUGUACCCUCGUUCAAGGACAAAAAACCACAACUAAAAGGACCUCGCCCGCCUGUCGGUUCGAGCGUAUCAGAUUCCAUAUCGCUGUCUUCGCCGGUAGCUUGCGCAUCACCUCGUGAAGAUGUUGUGGGUCCCCCAAUACCAGCUAACGUGGCAGCCCUGCCUGAAGAACAGCGGUCCUACUUGCUGGGGCGGAUUCCCUCGCAACGGACCAGACGUCGGAAGGCCAUGAUCAUAUAUGUCUGCGCUGCUGACUCCCAAGAUUGUUGCACAGAGAAGGGUGCACUCCACUGUGCUGUGGCCGCUCGUCUCCGCGUGCGAGCUCGUCGUCGCGGCUGGCGCGUCCAUGUAGCUGAUCUUCAUUGGCGCUCACCGCUCGAACAACAGAGGGACCAUCGCUUCCCUGUUUUGUGUAUCGCUGAGCUAGCUCGUCAGUCUGAGUUGGGUGCUGUGGUUCCGGUUCUGUUCCUCAACACUAGUCUCGGCACCCCGCUGCUGCCACACACCCUGGAAUGCGCUGACUUUAAAGCCGCCUUGGAAACAGCUGAAGACGAAAAUGAUAAAGAGCUGUUGAACAAAUGGUACACUCUAGAUAACAGCACUACACCUCCUUGUUACCGCUUGGCGCGAGGUGCUCCCGCUCGUUGGAGACGAGACAUGGCUCGAGCUCUUAGUGUACUAGUCAGAACAUUACCACAGGAGGCCUGCGACGCUUACCUUACUACUGUACUAGAACAGGAGGUCCAGCACACGGUGUUAAUGAGUUCCGACGCUGCUCGUCGGUGUGUGUGGGUCUGUCGCGGAGGAGAUGUGGCUCAGAACAACGACCCUGACGCUGAACACACGCGCGAGCUACAGAGACGACUCGCUAACUUACAUAAAGAUCUCAAGCUUCAUUUAAGCGAGCGUAAUAUAAUACGUUCUUCAAUGCGUCGCGGCACGAGCCCGGAGCAGCACGCGGCGGCCGUACGCGACGCGCUCGCCGACAGACUGGACGCGCUCCUCGACACACUCGCGGCAGACGGGGACUCCCCCGCCGGCUACGGGGGAAUACCCGCCAGCUUGUUCGACGAAAUAAGUGAACAUCUCUCGUUCUGCCAGAAAGUGACUCAAUGUACCUCAAAUCGUGAAAUAACGCUAAAUGAACUGAAAACGUACAUGCGCGGCGAGAGCUCAGUACCGCUCGCGCUGCUGGGAGGCGCGGGCUGCGGGAAGGCCACGCUAUUGGCUCGUGCGGCCGCACUAGCGCCAUCUGUGUUACCAGACGUCGCGCUCGUUCUAAGGUUCGUAGGUCUGACGUCGCAGUCAAGCAGCUCACAGCAGCUUCUAAAGUCGAUAGUGGAUCAGCUGCACGUACUACACACGGGCACCGUAUACAGGGGACGUAAUGAGCCGCUCAGUCUGUCUUCGACCCUGGCUCGUCUCCUAGAAGCGGUCGGUCGCACGCGGCCUGUGUUGUUAUGUGUGGCUGGAGCAGAUGCCUUGCGCGGAGCAAGAUGGCUGCCUUCGAAACUACCCGAGAAUGUUAAAAUGAUAGUUACCGUCACUGAAGAAAAAGACGAGCCGUCCAGUUCAGCGAUAAUGGCGGUGCUAUCAUCAGAAGAUGGACCCAAAGUAGUGAGGGCUCCUCCGGUCGGUGCGGAGGAGGCGAAGGCGGUCCUACUGGCGACCGCUGCAUCAUACAGCAAGACCGGAGCCGGCUCACCUCCUGAAGCCGCUAUCAAGGCCGUUCAAAAAUGCACUCUACCACUCUAUGCUAAGAUUCUAGCGUGGCAAAUAUCUCUAUCAGCGGAGACCUUCACUGAAUUAUCCGAACCGGAGACAGCUCCCGAGCUGGUGAUAUGUGAUGAUCUUGAAGGUCAAUUGGAACAGAUAUUAGUGACGACAGAAGCAGCCCUUGGGGCAGAACGUGUGAAGGCGUGUCUGUCACUACUGACUGCUGCGAGACGAGGACUUGAUGAUACGGAGAUAUUAGACCUACUGGCUCAUGACGAACUGUUUAGAAGUGAAGAAACUUAUCUGCCGUGGGCCCCGGGCGCGCUCCUCUGGCCGCAGCUGUCCGCUCUCCUCUCCCCCUGGCUGCGUGAGUCUCGGUGGCGCGACGCGGCGCUGGCGGCCGUCGCCGCUGAACGCUACCAGCCUCAAGUUGAACGAGCGAGACGUACACUCGUUGACUAUUUUGAGGGAAAAUGGUUUGUCGAAAACGAUCCCAAAAUGGCCGGGCGUCUGGUGUCUCAAGAAAAUAAAUUCUCCGAUGAUUGGUACAAUACAAGAAAGUUCGAUGAGCUUCCAUUCCAGCACUACCACAUCUUGAAGGAGGAUCCGGAAGCGUUUUCCGUGAAGCCUUACUUCACACAACUAGAUUGGAUCCACGACAAACUAGCGGCAACAGACUGCGGACAUUUCUUAGAAGACAUCGCUCUCGUUCAUAUAGACCCACUACCAGAACAUUUGGAAAUAUUGAAAGAAUUGUUUGUGACACAUUCCUACGCCCUGGACUACGACCAUAGACAAUUUUACGGAUUACUUAGAAUCGUGAUGGAGAAAAGACAACGCGAAGGCAUUCACAUCGAUAGUGAGAUCGUUCAGGAUUGGAUGAAAGAAAUCUGGGAGCCGCCGAUACCGACCUUCUACCCCGCUAAUGAAGACUUCUGGAAGGUUCUGGAGAACAAAGAAAAGAGGGACAUUUCCAUGGCAGAGGGUUUCGAUAGCAAGUCAUAUGACUUGAUAGUGAGGUUUAAUACAAGAGGCAAAUAUGUUGCUACAGUUUCAACUGAAAGGGAAGAAAUCUGCGUCUGGGAUGUUCUGAGAUGUAAGAUGAUAAGAAAAAUAACGGGUGUCACUCAUCCCAUCAACUUGGUGCCGAUUGACGAGUAUCGUUGUGUGGUGUUGUGUCGCCGCGAGCUCAGAGUGUAUGACUUAGACCAGGGAAAAUACCUGGUAGCUCUGAAGGGUGUGAUGAAUCAGAAGAUGCCCUACUAUGGGCUUCACGACGCGAGCCACCUCGUGGCGCUCUCACGGAACAGAAUGUACGUCAACCUCAUGAACAUAGAGACUGGUGAUUGCGUGACUACAUUCAAGGCGGGUGAGGAUAGAUUCCUGAAUUCUUUGCUCGUUUCUGGUGAUGGAAGGGUGUUAGUGUGUGGUGACGAGACCCAGAAGCCUUUCCCGCUUCUAGUGUGGUCGUUGACCUCUCGGAAGCUUUUGUAUGAUCUCAGGAUACCUCAUCACGACUUCGUUACCUCUAAAGCAGCUAUAACCUAUGAAGGGUCCUACGUGUGUGUGGUGUCCCGGGAGCUCGAUGAGCCGAGCCCUAACUUCAUAGUGGUGUACGACCUUCAGUCCGGGACGCUGUUCAAGAAGUGGAAGCCUGGCUGUGACACCGUGGCGCUGGCGAUCAGCUCUACAGACGGGUGUGUGGUGUCCGGACUCGCUGAUACGAGGAUACUAGUGUGGGACCUGGUCACUGGUAAUUGUCGUCUAACUCUGCGCGGUCAUCGUUCCGCUCCUUCCAUGUUGUCGCUGGCUCGUGCGGGCGCCACGCUGCUGUCCGCGGACAAGGAACGUCUGGACAGAUCUGUGAGGCUGUGGGACCUACAUACUGGGAAACUAAUAGCGGUGUACACUCCGCCGGACAGGGUCACCUCGUGCGAGAUACUCCUUGGUGGAUCAGUGUUAGCCUUGGCCCUUGAAAACUACAAGGAAAUACUGUGCGUGAAGCUUCACGGACCCACCGUGGAAUCAGUGAAGAACGGCAGGGACGCGGAGUAUGACGACACAGGGUACGGACAGGAAGACAACGAGGGAAAGAUAUUUGACGUCAGGGGAAUGGAAAACACUUGA